UUUUUCUUGUAAUCUCAGUGAGUCUCUUUGUAGAUGUUGAAAAAUGAUUGUGAAAUACUUUCUGUGUAAAACAACCUCAGAUGUAAUUCGUAGCUUAAAAAAUGAAGGACUGUUUAGACUUCCUGGAAAAUCCAUCUUUUGUGCCCUUUGAAUUCCCAGAAAACAGAAAAACUAAGGAACAAUGUUUUGGUAAUCUGUUCAACAGUUUGAGAGUGUAAAAGACUUACAGUUAUGAACGCUAAGAGCUAAAGGAUCUAAAAGUUUGGUGGAUUUUUAUUUUAUUAUUAAUAUAUACAGUUCUUAAAAUAUGAGAAGGAAAUUAGUGGUUUGAGGAAAUUACAGGAAGACAGGAUAGAAUAUAUCCUAUGUUUAUACUGUUAAUCCAGUUUAUAUUUUAUAUAGAGUUCACUUGUCUGACUAAUCUGGCAAUUUUAAUUUCCUUUGAAUAGUUAGAAUUUAAGUUUCAAAGAAAAGUCAAUAUAAAAACCUGUUUCAUAGAAGGGGCAUUGAGGAAAAGAUUUCACUUUGGUCUUGGUGGCCAGAGUUUUCCUACUGAUAUGCCAAAUGGGUCUGAAGUAUUUCCAAGUCACUUUGAACCAAAAGGUUAUCUGUGCUAGGUUUGAAACCAUUCUUCUCAUGAUGACAAAUUCCAGCUGAAUCAGACUUGAAGGUUGUUUUUCAGUUUUUGACAGUUCUGGCUACUUGAGUAUGCUCAUCAACACCCAUUGUUUCAAUGAUUUUUUGACAUUCUUGUCACGCUUCAGAAUUUUCUGUUCCUAAACCAGGCUGUACAUAUUUUCUGGUUGAAAAUCUAGUGUUGUGUAAAAAUACUAAAUGAAAGUCUUUUUUCUGUAUUUACAUUUUUAUUUAUUUUAAAUGCUGAGCAUGUUCAACUUUUUAUUGAGACACGACUCACUUUUUAACUGUUGGUUGUGCAACAAUGACUCAACUACAGAGCUAAAGAAGAUGCUGAAGGUAUGGAGAUAUUUUCUAGAGGAAAAUGGAUCUACAGAAUCACGGAAUCAUUUUGGUUGGGAAAGACCUAUGAUCUUGACUAUGAUCAAGUCCAGCCUUUGACUGACCACCACCCAGCUAACUAGACCACAGCACUAAGUGCCAUGUCCUGGUGUUAAUGAAAUGAAGUUAUAAUGAUUUAAGGCUCCCACAGGCCAAAUAUGGAGCUUAACAUUAUUUUUGAAGAGGUAUCUGAGGAAGGCAGUGUGGCAAUCAUUACUUUUAGCUAUGUGCAAGCAAGAUUUGAUUUUUGUAUGUAGUUUGUUUUUUUUUUCAGGGACAGAGCUGGGAGACUUAAGGUCUCAUUUGCAAAGCAGCACCUGAAAUUACAAGGGAGAAAUGAGAGGACAGAAUGAAUGAUUCAAUAAAUUACAGCAAUUAGGGUUUGAAAGAAAGAAGCAAAUCCCCAUUUUCUGUGAGUUUGAGGUGUCCCGUAUGGCAUAAUUUGGGAAUCAUAAGCAAAGAAACAGAAUUUCUGCUGACAAAAGAAGCAAUUAGAGUUGGUGUUAUGAUGCUGAACACCAGUGGCGAACUUCACAAAGUACAGGUUCUUUUUAACAUCACCUAUGUUAAUGGACAGGUAUAUCUAAAUGACUUUCCUAUGAAAAGCGGGGUUGCCCACAUAACAUGCCAAACAGUAAUAUUGGAGAACAGAAGCUUGGAUAACUUACUGGAUCAGCAGCAGCUGGGAACCGUCAGUGUUCGAAUCAUGGUUCACGAGUGGCCUUUGUCAUCCACGUCUGAUUUGCAGCUGAUUGUCAUUCAGGAAGAAGUGACAGAAGUUGAUGGAAAACAGGUUCAGCAGGAAGAAGUAACAGAAAUAGAUAUUUUAGUAAAGGACCUGAGAGUACUUAGACAUUCCAACUACACCGUCCCUUUGAAAGAGAGCAUGCUGUACUCCUUGCCAAGGGACAACGACGUGUUAUUUACACUGCCCAACCUCUCAGGAAAAGAUAUUCAAGAUCCACUGCAGACUACCAGUCAGUACCUCAUCCAGCAAGUAGAAACUACAGUGGAUGAAGAGACAUUACCUGGCAAGUUACCAGAGACCCCUCUUAGGAUAGAACCUCCAUCUUCUUACAAGGUGAUGUGCCAGUGGGUGGAAGACUUGAGAAAAGGGUUGUGCAGAUUCUGGUUUCAAUCUCUACCUAUCUUGUUUAGUUUCAUGGAAGUUGUUGUUGUUGGAGUUGUUGGAGCAUCUCUUAUUAUCAAAGUCUUAAAGCUGAUUCUCCCUUCCUGUGAAAAUAAAGGCAUCCUUCUCCUGGAUCAAGUCAGCUUUGUACCUGUGACUACCAUCAGCCUGCCUUCAGACCUUUCAGACAGGAAAAAUAAUUUAGAUGAGAAAGCAUGUACUUAAUGCUGUAUUUACUUUGGAGUUACUGGUUUCUAAAACACACACUUUUAGUUGAUCUGGUAUUUGGCACCUGAUCUUAAUACCUUGUUUUUGUCCUACUAAGAAAACUAAGUCAGUUGAUUAAUUGAUAAACGGCCACUCAGGCCAAGGCCCAAAGCUGACUUCCUUGUGCCUCUCCAUAAACAAGCAGCCUUUUCAGAAGCUUCAAAGUAGAACAGCUGUCUUUUCAGAGGUUUCAAAACAGAGCAGCUUUCCACCCUGAGGACUACCAUUGGUUUUAACUUCUGUGAAGUCACUUUUCCACACCUCAGACAGGAUGCUGGCUGCCUUCAUGCCCAUAAACCAAGUCAGCUGUCCUGACUAAUAAGAUCAUGAAAUUCAGGGUGUCCUUAAGUCCAGUGAUAGCAUUCUUUUUAAAAAAUAUGAAGAAAUAUUGCAAACAUCAGCUGUGCCUGCAAACCUAAGCAAAGCUACCCCACCUGGUUCCAGGUCUCAUAGGGUUGAGCAUGUCUUGCAAGGAAGAUACCACUACCAAACAUUUGUGUUACUCAAAAGAUCUGACACUUUAUAUAUGCAAAACAAAAAUUUGAACGGAAGAUUUAUAUUUCAAGCACUUUACAUUUUUAUGGCCCCUUCCACUCAUAAAAACUGUUAGCAGUUGUAACCAGCUUGCUUUUUGUAUCUGUGACAGCAGUACUCUAUGUAAAGUCCCAGAAGAAAAAUGAAAAUUCCAUUAAAUUCUACAGAAAUACUGGCUUACUAUUGCUGAGUAGGCCCAGUCUGCUCAUGCCAGUUUGUACUGUUAACAUUUUUCAAAUAAACAUUUAAAUUGUU